AGUCCACUCAGUGAGUCACCGCGCUGCAUCGGAGCCUGCUGGAGAUACGAGAUGAUCAUCUGUUGAAAGAAGGACAUUUGACUUUCAGAUAGAGAGGAGCUCAUUAGGUGAAUAUACGUACUCUGGGCUGGGAGGUGGCUGAGGUAGGAGCGGGCAUGUUCUUGAACGCGGCUUCUCCCAGGAGGUCAUUCAGCAUCCCCAUUAACAUCAACCUGCAGGGUGCUCGCAGGAGGCAGACACGAGAGCUCUCCCACAUGGCCGGAGCUCAGGAGCAUGAGUGGAGCAGAGGGGUGGAUGGGCGCGGAGGGCAGCGAGCUCGGGCCCAGAUGCCAGCGUCGAGUGUCGGGGAGGACAGGGCCAUCCUGCUGGGCUUCACCAUGAUGGCCUUCUCUGUGCUCAUGUUCUCUGUGGUCGGCAUCACUAUGGUCAAACCUUAUGUUAACAGUAACUGGGAGCUGGCCAGCUGUGUUCUGCUGAAGACGGAAAUCCUGGAGGAGUGGGUGGACUGCAGAGGUGUGAGCACUGUGCCUUGCCUCAGGGUAAAGGUCAACCUCACGGGCUCCAAUCAGACGGCUUUUCUCCACUUUGACGAGGAAUUGGUCGUCCUCGCUCUUGAGUGUUUCUACAUACCCAAAUGUCGGAUGGACAGAGCAGAGCUUCAAAAGGAUGUUGAGAAAGUGAAGAACAGCUUGGACGCUCAGCUGGAGAGCUCCUCGUCGUGCUUCACUGACCGCACGAGGCACCCCGGGGACGCCACCUUAAACAGGAAGUACACCUAUAAGAACGCCCUGUUCGCGUUGCUGUGGCCCUGUCUGAUGCUGGGUGGCGGCGCUCUGUUGGUGGGCCUUGUGAAGCUGACACAGUACUUGGCCCAUCUCUCCUCUGAGGUGUGCAGUGAGACGGCAGGGGGCAGGCUGACAUCUAGACACACUCAGGACAAACUGUACAGACUCCUCCGGAGGUGCAGCAUGCAGUCGCCUUCAUGACAUGUCCAGUGUUUGUGCUGCAACACGCCAAAAAUACCAUUUUUAAACACCUAACUGGUACAUAGUGUGAACCAGGGCCAGUAUGAAAAAAAAUGCGAAACAUUUUGUUUUAAGUGUGUCAAAAAUCCUCGUUCUGAAACCUUCCUCUGUGUAGAGAAUCACCUCCCAAAUGAUUUAAGAGAAAUCUUUAAAUCUCAAAAAGGCUUCUGAACCUGAAACACAGAGGGAGACCACACACACACACACACACACACACACCUUUCAACAGUGAAAAAGCAUUGAUGGCAAGUCGAAAAUAAGUUCUCACACAACAUGAAAAGUUGAAAUCAACAAACUCAUAACAUGAUUCAGCAUGAAUACAGCGAGUCCUCCCAAUGCAUUAAAUACAUUCUGAAAACAUAAAACACAAAUAAGUGCAGAGGGGACGCCUUAGAUUAGCUUUGUUCUCACAUGCUUCAACAUAUUGAUAGUGUUGGAUACAGUGGUAAUAUGUAAGCUUAUGGGAAAAUUGCGCUACUUCUCACUUUUAUUUAUAAGAUAAGAGAUAAGAUAAACUUUAUCAAUUCCAAGAUGGGGAAAUUCGGUGUUACAGGCAGCAUCAAUAGAAAUAGCAAUUAUUACCUCAGUAAACAGCUUCCUUAUGAGUUUAUGGUCUCAAUUGCAAGUUGCAAGUCUCCUUCAAUACAGCAUGAUGUUCAUUUUGUAUAGGAUGGUCCCAUUUAGAGCAGGGUAUGAUUUAGGGCGUGUCGUCUGGUUCUCUGUCGUAUCCAAUCAGGACGGAGGCACAGCAAGGCGUACCCUCCCAUGCGCCACCCUUUCGUGCCAAUAAUGGUCAAUUAUGGCUCCAAAAACUCCGGCGACGGCCGUAAUGCCAGACUCAAAGCUUGAAAACAGUAGCAUGCAAACCGACGGAUGCCGUCCCGUUGGCUCUGUCUGCCAUUUAUUUUAAGUCUAUGGAGUGAAACUGCUAUUGGCUGAUUCACUGCCUGAGGGAGGGCACAUGGGUAGACAUAAUUGUAGUCCUUAUUUUACAGCACUCGGAGUUACUGCAGUCAUCACUCAUGCAUCACACUUACACUUCAUUAAAUGUUAAUUUUAGCUUCUUUUUACAUACAAUUUUCUGACUCUCAUACCAGUCCAGGUCACCCAAGAAAGAGACAUCUGUGGGAAAACUGAGAGUAACAAACUUCUUUCUUUCUACACAAACCUAAAGAUUGGUUAUAUUCCUGAUGCAAGCCUUGACCCACACUCAAUCUUCAUCACGCAGCACAGCAAUGCAUAAGUGCCUUGUAAAUUACUGUUAUUUUGAUCACCUGUAAAGCAAACAAUGCCUUAAAAAUGCCAAAUUAAAAUCUAUUUAGACAGGGAGAAAUGUUUUUUUUAUUCAACAGUA